AUUAAGUUCUGAGACUCAGAAUCCGAAUGUUUAUGCGUAUAAAAUGGGAUUUCACAUGAAAACGAGACAUUAGCUAUGACGCUGUUCAAUUAAAAACAAAAACGCCGGGCGAUUAAUUGUAAACCUUAUAAUUUGAAGAUAUAUAAUCUUUCUUAAAGAAAGAUGUCUCACAUUAAGGCACAUGAUAUAUAUAAAAAGCCUCGUACAAAAGACAUCAAAAUACAAGAAGAUGUCACAUUUUUUCAAAUGGGUGUUAGUCAAAAGAUUUUAGAUGGAUUAGCAUUUUGUGGUUUUCAAAAGCCUUCACCAAUACAGUUAAAGGCUAUUCCAUUAGGACGAUGCGGACUUGACUUAAUAAUGCGUGCUAAGUCAGGAACUGGGAAAACUUUAGUGUUUUGUGUAAUUGCACUUGAAAUGAUUGAUGUACUAAUAUCAUCUGUACAAGUAUUAAUAAUAGCACCUACUAGAGAAAUAGCUGUACAAAUUUCACAAGUUUGUUCAUCCAUAGGGUGCGAAAUAAAAGGAUUAAAAGUUGAAGUAUUUAUUGGAGGAAUGGCUAUAGAGGAUGAUAAAAAAAAGAUUAAUGGUUGUCAUAUAGCUGUUGGAGCCCCAGGCAGAAUUAAGCAUUUAAUUGACGAAGGAUUUUUAAAAGUUGAAAAUGUUAGAUUAUUUGUACUUGACGAAGUAGACAAAUUAUUGGACACUAGUUUUCAGAAAGACAUCAAUUAUAUCUUUUCAAAAUUGGCAUUAAAUAAACAAGUUAUAGCAUCAAGUGCAACUUAUCCAGGGGACUUAGAAACAUUUUUAUCAAGAUACAUGUGUUCGCCAAUUCUAGCAUCCCCAGGUGACGGACCACUACUUGUUGGACUACGACAGUUUGUAACAGUUACUGCUUCUCAUCCAAAUGCCAUGAAACAGGUUCAAAUAAAAGUAGAUGAAUUAAUUAAAAUAUUUAAUAAAGUUUCAUUCAAACAAAGCUUGGUUUUUUCAAAUUACCAAUCAAGAGCUCAAUCAGUGUGUAAUAAAAUUAAUUCUAUGGGUUUCAAAGCAGCAUACAUUGCUGGAAAUCAAGACAUGGCAAAAAGACUUGAGACAAUAAAUCAGUUAAAAACUUGUAAAUUUAGAAUAAUGUUAACAACUGAUUUAACUGCAAGAGGUAUAGAUGCAGAGAAUGUGAAUUUAGUUGUUAAUCUAGAUGUGCCUGCAGAUGCAGCAACAUAUUUACAUAGAAUAGGAAGAGCUGGACGUUAUGGAUCUUAUGGUAUUUCUAUAACAAUAAUUGCAGAAAACGAACUUGAAAUAUUCCAAAAAUUAUUGGAUUCUGUCGGGGGUUCACAUUUUUACGUUUUGAAACUUUCAAAUUAUCCAGAUGACAUUUGGAGUACUUCCAGUACAAAGUUUGAAAAAUUCUAUGCAAAAUCUAAUAUUUUUAACGAAAACCAAAUUGAAAUUGAUAAUGAUAUUAAAGUCACAAAUGAUUCAGCUAUAACAGUUGCAGACAUAAACUUACAGAAUAAUGUAAAUUUAGAGAAUAUUUUGUCAUCAGACAAUGUAAAUAACGAAACUGUAAAUAAUACACAAAUUUCUGAAGUAGAAAGUGUAAAAAAUAACAGAAUUACAAAUGUUGAUAAUUUCUAUAAAGAUAUUCCCGGGAUAAAAAAUUCGUUUAAUAUAAAUAAUAAAAUAAAAAUUAGUUCUAUAUUUGUGGAAAACAUUGAUGCCACACAUGAACUUCAAAAUACUGAAAAAAGUAAGGCAAAAUCAAUAGUUACAAGUUCAUAUAGUUGGUUGAAACCAAAAGUUAUACAUGAAUUUAAAUUAAAUCGUUUAUCAGAUAAUCUAUCCAAAUGGCAACAAGCUAAUGACAAUGUUAAGUUUAAUGUUGAUUUAACAGAUAUUCAAGGAGAUGAUUUAUCUAUUUCUAACACCGAGAAUAUCGUAGACUAUUUGAGAUACAACCCUCAUAAAAAAAGUUUAGAAGAAAAUUCUGAAAAUAUCGAUUUAUGUUCUGAAAAUGCUACUUCUAAAGAGAUUGACAGAACAGACGAAUUAAUAGCAUCAGCACAGGAGAUUCAUCUUAUAGAUGAUAAUAGUGUAAUUUCCGAUUCGAGAGUAGUUUUAGAUGAAAUGCAUGAUUUUACAGAUACUUUGGUUAUAAAAGAAUUGAUCGGACGUAUCUCCGAAUAUAUGACAGAUUUUAGUAAAUGUGAUAACAAUUUAUCGUUAAAUGAAGAGGACUUAAUAAAACAAGCAGUCAUUUGGAAAGAAAAACUUAAUUUUGAAAUUACGUUAUUAAAUUCUUUAAUGCAACCCAUGAAAGAAUCUGUUCAAAAAUUAAUAUAUUAUGAACAUUUACAAAUGCUCAAAAUAUUUUAUAAUGUGCAAAAACAAGCUCUCAUGUGUACUUAUCCAGAAAUACGGAAUGAUGACGAAAUCAAUGACACAUAUUUGUAUUCUGGAUGUGCUGUAAAUGAAAAUUUAUUACAAUUAUAUAAAGAAAUAGAAGAUUUUAAAACAUUACAUAGAAUAAAUGGACAAAAAUUUGAUGCUUAUUUUCCAUAUCCCAUUAAAGAAGAUUCAUAUAUGCCAGGUCUUAUGAUCUUGAAAGAAGAUAUAGAAAGUUAUCGUAAUGCAUUAAGAUAUUUGAGAUCAAAUCCUCAUCCUAGAGAAAAGUUGUUGCAAAUAAUAGAUUUUGUAGCGUUCAUUAGCGAAAACAAAAAACUUGAGUUGAUGGAAAAAUUGAAAGGUCAAAGAGGCAGGUCGUUUGAUGAAUUAUUAACAGUAAUACAAGGUGAAGUGCCAGGCAAUGAAUCGGAUAAAAAUAAAUGCACGGAGCUAAAAAUUAAUUCAUCAGAGCAUAUUAACGAUGUAAAUCACGUUAAAAAUGGUACUCAUUCCAGAGAUUAUAUUUUGCAUAAUGAACCUGCUGAUAUUCAAAGUAUAGAAGAUACUACCGAAGAAAGAAACAUAAUUACAUAUGAAGAGAAUUUAGAAAAAAUAAAUAGCAAAUAUAAUUCUUCUAAUAAUUUUACUACUUCAGUGACAACAGAAUCUAUUAGGGCUGAUUCUAUUAACAUUCAAGACUUUGUAUCUCAUGAAAAUCAUAAUUUACGACGUAACUCAUCAUGUAGUUUAUCAAGCGAUGGUGACGAUUUUAAACAAGUUAUGCGUAACGGCAAAGUACUCGUUAAAAGUAAAUUUCAUAGAUUGAAGAAGAAAAAGAAACAAAAUAAUAAUAUGUCUAUACAAGAGACAUACAAUAAACAAUGUACAACGGCUUCCAAGUAUAGUAUUUCACAUAAUCAGGAUAGUGUACCAUGUAAUGUUUCUGGCAUAUUUGAAAAGCAAUCUAAAUCAGAAAUUCAGCCAGAUUCGUUAUUACAAUCUACAAAAAGUGAUUACUUUAAGACGUGUUCGCGAAAUACAAAAUUAAAUUCACAUAUAAAUAAUGCACAACAAAAUAUCCAGCAUGCAUAUAAUUUUCAAAAUUCAUGCAUAAAUAAUGAAUCUUCUGGAUCUAAUGUAGAUGGACAGUACUUUCCGUGUACAUCUAUAUCUGACGAAUUUGUAACAUCAACAAAUGAUGCAUUACAGAGCUACCUUAAUGAGGAUUUACAACAAUAUGAACAUAAAAGGCAGUUUAGACAUAGACAACAUCAUACUUCUUUUUCUAAUAAUGCACACAAUGUGACUCAUAUUCCUCACGCAGAAAAUUGUACUUAUUUUUCUGAUAGCUUGAAUCAUAAUUUGCCAAAUGAUAAAAAUAAUUUUGAUCAUUCACCAAACAAAAAUAUUACAGAAUAUGAAAAACAAAUUGAACAAUUUUUAUCAUCUCUACGAAUCGAAACUGACGAAUUGCAUUUAAAAUUGUACAAAUUGCAAAUGCUUCAUGAUUAA